AUUUUUAUUCACAUCUAUGACCUAGAUACUAAUACAGAAUUGUUAUGAAUCUCUCUGGGAGGUUUUUUGUAAAGUCUAAUUAUAUACGGGCUGCUAAAGAUGAAUGGAUUCUGUGUGAUGUAAGACUUUUAACUGAUGAUACCGACACAUUUUUGUGCAUUAAAUCACUACCUUCUUCGAUUUUAUUGAGUGAACAUAACAACUGCACAGAGAACAACGUUGAUAAACUCCCUGAAAAAAGUCCGUAUCGGCCAGAAAAUUUUGCUACGAGACCAUUCACUGCACUAUGUAAUCUCAGUGAAUAUAAAUCAUGUUCAAUGAGAACAGAGGCCGUUAACUCGAGUGCCUCGUUUGCACUUAAACUUGUGCCUUCGAGUGUUUUCGGAAAUAAAAAACUUCUCAUUGCUACAGAAGAUGAGAACGAGAUCACCACUUGGUUGGCCAUUUGUAAGACAUGUAUAGGGAAGAAGUCGAGAAAUAGCUCUUCAAAUAACAGAGACCUGGCAUGUAAUUUGGGGACGCUUAGCAAAUCUGGCAGCUUUAUGUCACUUAAACCAAACUCACAGGCUUGUGAAAGUGAAUUUGACGAUGGACUAAUGGACAAUGAAGUUUAUGAGGCAUACUCUUCAGAGGAUAAAAUUCCUGCACUUCUUGAAGAAGCUGGUGAUUGGAUGAAAUUACAUUUAUGUCAACCAGAUUGUUAUUUACGUUUAACAACAGAUCGUUUAGAAGUUUUGGAUUUUUACAGUCAUAAACCUGUACACUGGUUUCCCUACCUACUGAUACGUAGAUUUGGUGCAUCCAAUGGUGUAUUACGUGUUGAUGCUGGUCGAAGAUGUUCCACUGGUGAUGGCAAAUUCUUCUUUAGAUGUAGUCCACCAAAUGGUCAACCAGUUGAUGUUUUAGUUACACAAAUACGACAAUUAGCAUUGGAAGCGAAACAACGUACUAAACGUAGUCAAUUAACAUUGAGUAAUUUAGAGUUACAUGCCAAUAACAAUACUACUACUAAUAAUAAUGAUAGUGGCACUCUUCCUAAUAAUAUUAAUCAUCAUACCAAAGUAGGCGAAUCAUUAGUUAAUACAAAUGAUAAUUUGGAUAAUGAUCAAUUAGAUAGUAGUAUUCAUGGAACAUUACCACGUGCAAGAUCUAAGCGUACAAAAUUACCAAGUGAAUCUGCGAUGCUACGAUCUAGUUCAAAUUCUAUUAAUGGUGGUAAUAGAAGCAAUAAUAAUAAUGGAAGCAGUGGUCUAUCAGAGUCUUUUCCUCCGAAAGCCACUCCGGAAUCAUCGGAUGAUGUCGAUUCACAGGUAAUUCCAUCAAAUACCAAUGAUAAAAAUGAAGUAUUUAAAGCGACUUUGUGUAAAGCAGCAGUACCUAAGAAUGAUCAAGAAUCAGUGAAUAUAUCAUCAAAUCUUUAUGAUAAUCUACCACGUCCACCACGUCGUGGUUCACGUUUAGCAGGAGCAAUUAAUGUACUUCCAUUACCGGCACGUAGUCACAAACAAAAAGAUUUACACAAUUCUGCAAACAUUGAGACACCAAUUAGCACUAAUGAUACACAGUUUUCUACAGAUACUCUUGAUAAUUUAGUAAAACUUAAUUCUAAGCAUAUAAGAGCACAGUCUUCAUUAGGAUCGUUAACAUUAUCGUCAUCAUCACCAACAUCAACGAUAACUACAACAUCACCAGCAGUUACUCCAUAUACAACACCAAAUGAAUCAUCUUCAAUGGUAACUCCAUCAACUAUUUCUUCACCUUCUUCAUCAGUAUCAUCAUCACCAUCGGUAUCUCUAGCCUUUAUGAGUAAAAAAGCGGUGACUCCUACUUGUCUAUCACAAUCCUCGUUAGCACCAUCCAGUCGUCUUCAUUUGUACAGUAGAAGUAAUGAAACUAAUAAUACAGUAACAUCGUCUUCGUUAUCAUCGAUAAACUUUAUAGACAGUUCAGAAAUAAAGACAACUGAUGCAUUUUCUUCCAUUCCAACAUCUUCUACGAUAAAGACAACAAUGACCGCAACGACGCCGAUUUCGACGACUCAGACACUAACAUCAUCCUCACCAUCAUCCAAUUCAGUUGUUAAAUCUUUAAUACAAUCGUAUACUUCUAUAUCGUCAAAUAAUUCAAACUACUAUGCUAACAAUCACUCUGUUGAUGAUAAUCUGACAAAUAAAUCAAAGCCUUCUUCAUUGUUUGUCCCAGUUACCACCAUCACCACCACCACAACAACAAUAUCAUCAUCAUUAAAAUCUCCAGCUUCAAUUUCGUUUUCCUCAGCAGUUAAAGCUACACCAACUAAUGGUUACAAUAAUGAUGGUGAAUCAAGAACAGGCAAUCAUAAUUCAACAAAUAAACUGUUAAAUUUAAGUGGAAAAAUGCGGGUACCCUCAUCGAUGAAUUCACAGUCAGGUAGGUAUGCGCGUGAUGUAUUUAUGUGGGUGACCUAGAAAUAUAUAUAUUGUUAUCUCGUUUUUUCUCUCAUGAUUCUCAAAACACUUAAGAUACCGGUUCUUUCUUUUUCAUAAUGAUUUUGCAUAGUUUAUCCUUUAUUAGUAUGAGAAGGGUGUGCAUGUUUAUUACAGAAACGUUUAACACCUCAAUAAUUAUUUUAAUCAAUAUUGACUUUUUUUCUCAAUUUGUUUGUAAUUAAUUCACUUAUUAUCGAAUUUUCUUCUGGUUUAGACCGGAGUCAUUAAGUAGGAUUGAAUUGUUUGCCAACAGUUAGAUCAAAUUUUAGACGUAUGUGUAAGGGUUUGAGUUUGUCUGUAGUUGAUAUUAAAGAUUAGAACUAACCAGCCUUUAUUGUCAGAUGUACACCCUCUGAGCAUGAACUAUCUGAAUAUUUCUUUUAAAUACAGAUUUCAUCAAGGUUGAAUUUUGACUAUCGUUUUAAUCCAGGACAUGCGUUUCGUUCCAUUUGGGACUCGUCACUUAUAUAUACCUGGAUCUUAGUAUUGAUGUUCAUAAUGAGAAUCUAACCGGCAGUAUUGAGUUAAUCCGUUCAGGGUGCAUAUAUGGCAACAGAGGCUAACAAAUGCAGUAUUUUAUAUUAACAACGAUAGAACUCAAACCUUUACAUCUAUAUACAUCAAUAACUUCAUACUCGUUCAAUAAGUUUAUGGCUAUUCGAGCUCAUUGGCUCCAUGGAUAAGAUAAUGCGUUAGAGGUUUUGAUCAAAAGAUAUUUGGUUCGUGUCUCAAUAUGAACAUCAACAUCGGAGUACAGGUACACUCAAUUGACAAGUCUCAAGCAUGAUAAAACUCAUGUCCUCUAUUCUACUGUUAGUUGCAUACCAAAUAUACUAAAACAUUUGUGACAUAACUUCGUAUCGACGCUAUCAGUUCAGGAUGCCCAUAUGGAAAUGGAGACUGAUCAACUGAGGUUUCAAAAAUCAACAGUGAAAGAUUACAAACUUUUAACAUAAUGAUCAACAUGACUCAAUUUAAGAAUGAAUAACCUCUCUGAGCUUCACUAUAUCGAAGCUUUCAUAGCUUCCUCACGUGAAUCAUACACUCCAUUGAAAGUAAACAUACGUUAUGUAUCAUAGAUCUUAAAAAAACUUAGUGUUCCCCCCUAAUAUAGACACUAAAUGUCUAACCUUCACAAUUGGACCGUUGAUAAAUCAACAAAUUUAAACAAAACAUCUGUAGAAGUAUUUCUCUAUUCACCUAAAUUUCGUGCUGAUAGAUGUCAUUCAGAAGAACGAUGAAAGUUUGACGGCCAAACUAUCCAGAUCAGAGAGUAAACCUCUACCAACAUUUAUUUAUUUCAUUAUCAAAAUAUCAUAACUGUAUUCAAUCGUUACUUAAUCAAUUUUUCUUUAUCAGAAGGAGUUUUGUGGAGAUUGUAGUAAUUUCAAUAGUUGAAAUCAUGAGUCAAUUGAAACUAGACCACCAUGGAAAACCUUGAAGCACUGGACGGUCGUUUCGUCCUACUGUGGGACUCCUUAGCGGUGCACAUUCAUGAUCCUACCUCGCAAGAUUCGAAUCUUAUCGAUUCGAAACCUAUCGAUCUUGCAAGCGAACGCCUAACCUCUGGAUCACUGAACUGGCAUGUAAAGGUGUUAAUGUCUAACUUCAAGUAAUCCACGAAAUCGAAACGUUCAUUUAGUGCUUUCAGGUUUUUCAUGAUGUUCUAGCUUCAAUGAACUCAUGAUCUCAACCAUUAAAAAAUAUUUUUCACCUCAAGUUUUAUCCCCCUUCUUCUGUACUUUUAUAUUGGAUUUUAUGACAAUCGAUUUAUUUCUCUCUAAUUUAUUUCACUAACUGAUUAAAAAAUAUAGUGAAACAAUGAAGAAAUUAUGAAAAGAAGUUAUCUUUUUCACUUUCUAGUUACGCCUAUCUCUGUUUGUUUUUUUGUUUAUUCAGUUUAUAGUUAAUGCUUACUUUAAGCGUUACAUACGAAUAGAGAUAAUCAUUUUCAGUGUUUAUAUUCAAUGAAUUGAUGAUUAACUAAUUUGCCUCAAAACUAUAUACAUAGAGAAUAUAAACAUUGAAAUAUUUCAAUUUAAGGACAGUUCUGUUGAGAGAGAAGUUCAAGAGACCUCCACCUCUUUC